UUCGCUUACCCGUCAUCCGCAGAAGAAGAAACAGAAUCAGCGGUGUCGAAUCUUAUCCGAAGAAACAGCCGCAUUAACAAUGGAGGAAACCGCUAAAAAAGAGAAGAAACAGGGCGAAAUCACAGAGGAGAAAGACAAAAAACCUGCGGGAAAAGAGAAAGAGAAGAAAGAAGAGCAGGAGCUGUCAGAGGAGGACAAACAGCUUCAGGAGGAGUUGGAGAUGCUCGUGGAGAGAUUGGGUGAAAAGGACACAUCUCUGUACCGUCCUGCUCUGGAAGAACUACGGCGUCAGAUUCGUUCAUCCACGACCUCCAUGACCUCUGUGCCUAAACCACUCAAGUUCCUGCGACCCCAUUAUGCCAAACUCAAAGAGAUUUACCAGAACAUGAGCGCAGGGGAGAACAAGCAUUUCUGUGCUGAUGUUGUCUCUGUGCUCGCUAUGACAAUGAGCAAUGAGCGAGAGUGUCUCAAAUAUCGUCUGCUGGGCUCACAGGAGGAGCUGGCAUCAUGGGGUCAUGAAUAUGUCAGGCAUCUCGCAGGAGAAGUUGCGAAGGAAUGGCAGGAGAUUGAGGAAGGUGAUAAAGCUCAACAGGAAGUUUUAUUGAAACUUGUUAAAGAGAUCGUUCCCUAUAACAUGGCCCAUAAUGCCGAGCAUGAGGCCUGUGACCUCCUCAUGGAGAUCGAACGACUCGACAUGCUGGAAAUAUACAUUGAUGAAAACGCUUAUGCUAAAGUUUGUCUUUACCUGACCAGCUGUGUGAGUUAUGUCCCCGAGCCUGAAAACUCAGCUCUGUUGAAAUGUGCUCUCAAUAUCUUCCGCAAGUUUAACCGUUACCCAGAAGCCCUCAGACUGGCGCUGAUGCUCAAUGAUGUGGAGCUGGUGGAGAAUAUCUUCACAUCCUGCAAGGACAUUGUCAUUCAGAAACAGAUGGCAUUUAUGUUGGGUCGACAUGGCAUGUUCUUGGAGCUCAAUGAAGACGUGGAGGAUUAUGAAGAUCUGACAGAGAUCAUGUCCAACGUGCAGCUCAACAGCAACUUUUUGGCACUGGCUAGAGAGCUGGAUAUCAUGGAGCCUAAAGUCCCAGAUGACAUCUAUAAAACCCACCUGGAGAACAACAGGUUUGGAGGCAGUGGAUCACAGGUGGAUUCUGCUCGUAUGAAUCUGGCCUCCUCGUUUGUGAACGGUUUUGUGAAUGCAGCGUUCGGUCAGGACAAACUGCUCACCGAAGAUGGAAACAAAUGGCUGUACAAGAACAAGGACCAUGGCAUGCUCAGUGCUGCGGCGUCUCUAGGAAUGAUUCUGCUGUGGGAUGUGGAUGGAGGUUUAACACAGAUUGAUAAAUAUCUUUAUUCAUCUGAAGACUACAUCAAGUCAGGGGCGCUGUUGGCGUGUGGUAUUGUGAAUUCAGGUGUUCGUAAUGAGUGUGACCCUGCGCUGGCUCUUCUGUCAGAUUACGUCCUGCACAACAGUAACAUCAUGAGGAUCGGAGCCAUUUUUGGGCUGGGUCUGGCGUACGCUGGUUCUAACAGAGAGGAUGUUCUCUCACUCCUGCUGCCUGUCAUGGGCGACUCAAAAUCCAGCAUGGAGGUGGCUGGAGUGACGGCGCUGGCGUGUGGAAUGAUCGCUGUGGGCUCCUGUAAUGGUGAUGUCACUUCCACCAUCCUUCAAACCAUCAUGGAGAAGAGCGAACAGGAGCUAAAGGACACUUACGCCCGCUGGCUGCCACUCGGUCUUGGACUCAAUCACCUCGGUAAAGGUGAGGCGAUUGAAACGACGCUAGCAGCUCUACAGGUGGUACCUGAACCCUACCGCAGUUUUGCCAACACGCUGGUGGACAUCUGCGGAUAUGCAGGUUCAGGUAACGUUCUGAAGGUUCAGCAGCUGUUACACAUCUGCAGCGAGCAUUACGACAAUAAAGACAAGGAUGAUGACAAAGACAAGAAAGACAAAAAAGACAAAGAAAAGAAAGACGCUGCGUCAGAUAUGGGCUCACACCAGGGUGUGGCGGUGUUGGGUAUUGCUCUCAUCGCUAUGGGUGAGGAGAUCGGUUCAGAAAUGGCUCUGCGAACGUUUGGUCACCUGUUGCGUUACGGUGAGCCGACAUUAAGGAGAGCUGUACCCUUAGCACUUGCCCUCAUCUCGGUGUCGAACCCUCGGCUGAACAUUCUGGACACCCUCAGCAAAUUCUCACACGACGCCGACCCUGAAGUCUCUCACAACUCCAUCUUUGCCAUGGGAAUGGUCGGCAGUGGCACUAAUAAUGCACGUUUGGCUGCUAUGCUCAGACAGUUGGCACAGUAUCACGCCAAAGACCCCAACAACCUCUUCAUGGUUCGACUUGCACAGGGUCUCACACAUCUUGGUAAAGGCACAUUAACGCUGUGUCCGUACCACAGUGAUCGACAGCUCAUGAGUCAGGUGGCUGUCGCUGGACUCCUCACCGUCCUCGUCUCCUUCCUUGACGUCAAAAACAUAAUCCUGGGCAAGUCUCAUUAUGUUUUGUACGGGCUGGUGGCAGCGAUGCAGCCUCGCAUGUUGGUCACCUUUGACGAAGAGCUCAGACCUCUGCCGGUGUCUGUCCGUGUCGGCCAGGCUGUGGAUGUGGUGGGUCAGGCGGGUAAACCCAAGGCCAUCACAGGCUUUCAGACUCACACCACACCAGUAUUGCUUGCUCACGGUGAGAGAGCAGAACUGGCAACCGAAGAGUACAUCCCUGUCACGCCUAUUCUCGAAGGCUUCGUCAUACUGCGCAAAAACCCCAACUAUGACGCCUAGACGCUCGCAGACAGAUGCACACGGCAACAGGGACCUCUGACAUGCCUGUAAAAUAUUUUGGGACGCCUCACGCUACCCCUCUGUACCCGUCUGCCUCUCAGAUGUUUCCUUCUUAACAGCAGCUUAUAGUACUUGAUGUUUCUCUCUCUCUCUUUUUGAUUUGUUUUGUUACUUGUUAUGUAAAAGGUUGAGAUACAAAAAUAAAUAAUUGUGAUUUA